GCAGACAGUCAAGUCUGCGCAGGAAGGAGUGGGGACACUGAGGCCCCAAAGGAGGCGGGCCCGACUCCAGGGGUGUCUGUGCACCCCCUCCAGUCCAGCUUCGGUGCCAUCACCAUCUGCUGUUCACGGACUGUCAGUGGCUCCCCAUUGCCUUCACCCCAGCGUGCCCAUUCCUACAGGCUUCCCUGACCUGCCCUCACCCACCGCGGCCGCUCUGAAGGGCACCUUCCUUUUCGUAACUGUGCCAGGCGCCCCCAUCCCCAGUGCCGCCACCUGGACUUUGGGGAGCUGCCCGGUUCACCCCAUUCCCUCUCCCAUCACUGUCAAAGCCCCCGUCUCCACGGCCACCUCCACUGAGCCUUCUCUCUCCCUGCAGUUGUCACCUGCUUGCCACUGUUGUAUCUCCAGGGCCCUUGGCGUUCCCUCUGGAGCUGGUCCCUGGCCAGCAGGGAUGACAGAUGACAGACAACUCUCGGUGCCUGUGUCAAGCCCACUGCCUGCAGCCACGACUCUGAUGGCCGUGUGGUCAGACUGAGCUCUGACGGCAUCAGCACACACAUCCUCCCCGGAGGACAGCGACAAAGAGGCCUCCUGGUCCCACACCGUGACCCUGCCUUCCCGGUCCUCCCCCCGGCGGGACCGGACACCGUCAGAGACUCAUCGCCCCUCCACCCCUUUGGACGGGAAAGGCGAUCGCUGGUCUUACGUUUGAUUAACGCUUCAUGGAGAGACAUCAUCAGCUGUUCGAGGAUCGCGGAUGAGGCCGGCUCCUUUAUUUUCUGCAAGAGACAGAUUUGCUGCAAGAAGAGUCAUCCCGCCCCCCUGAGCGGCCCCCUUAGCCUUCGCGUGUCCCAGGGUGAUGUCCGGUGCCCGAGGGUGACCGUCGCCAGGCGGAAGUGAAGUUGACCAGAGCGAGCCUUGCGAGCCCCCGGACAUCCACGCCUCGCCUUGUGCAUGAGCCUCCAUCUCUGGGAUUUUGCUUCCAAGUCCCUCCUGAGUGGGGCGUGAUUUCCUGCAGCUCAUCGCCGGGGAGUCUCGUGGGGAGAGCAGCCAUGGUGACCCUGAGGAGAAGGACCCUCAAAGUGCUCACCCUCCUCGUCCUCUUCGUCUUCCUCACCUCCUUCCUCCUGAGCUACUCGCACACCGUGGCGACCACCACCUGGCUCCCCAAGCAGCUGGUCCUGGAGCUCUCGGAGCGCUUCCGGAGGCUGGUGGCCUUCUCGCGCCCGCCCUGCACCUGCGCCCGCUGCGUCGGCCAGCAGGGGGUCUCGGCCUGGUUCGACGAGAGGUUCAACCGGUCCAUGCAGCCGCUGCUGACCGCGAAGAACGCGUUCUUGGACGAAGACACCUACACAUGGUGGCUGACACUGCAGCGGGAGAAGCAGCCCCAUGACCUGAAUGACACCUUCAAGGAGCUGUUCCACGUGGUGCCCGGCAACGGGGACCCCCUGCUGGAGAGGAAGUCGGUGGGCUGCCGGCGCUGUGCCGUCGUGGGCAACUCGGGCAACCUGAGGGAGUCCUGGUACGGGCCUCACAUCGACAGUCACGACUUCGUGCUGAGGAUGAACAAGGCCCCCACCACGGGGUUCGAGGCCGACGUGGGGAGCAAGACCACCCACCAUUUCGUGUACCCCGAGAGCUUCCGGGAGCUGGCCGAGAACGUCAGCAUGGUGCUGGUCCCCUUCAAGACCCUGGACCUGGAGUGGGUGGUCAGCGCCACCACCACGGGCACCAUCUCCCACACCUACGUUCCUGUCCCCUCGAAGAUCAAAGUGAAGAAGGAUCAGAUCCUGAUCUACCACCCGGCCUUCAUCAAGUACGUCUUCGACAGCUGGCUGCAGGGCCACGGGCGCUACCCGUCCACCGGCAUCCUCUCCGUCAUCUUCUCCCUGCACAUCUGUGACGAGGUGGACCUGUACGGCUUCGGGGCGGACAGCAGAGGGAACUGGCACCAUUAUUGGGAAAACAACCCGUCGGCGGGGGCUUUCCGCAAGACCGGGGUGCACGACGGAGACUUUGAGUCCAACGUGACCACCACCUUGGCGUCCAUCCACAAAAUCCGGAUAUUCAAGGGGAGAUGACGCUGUGAAGGGUCGCGGACGGCCACGUCAGCGCAGCCUCCUCGCCAGGGCUGUUCCUUCCGUUCCGGGGGCUCCCAGGGCCAGCCUCUCGCACCCCAACAUUUGACAGCAUCUACUCAGCGAUGUCACCGGGCUGCAGAGCAAGUCUGAGAGCCGGCGUGGGUGGGGCGACCCUCAUGGCUCUCUCCGGCCGGAAAAGGUGGCGACGUGAGGGACGUCCAUUCUCCGAGUACGGCCGGGAAGAUGGGGGAGGAGGGGCAGAUACUGAAGACCCCCCUGUUUUAAAAGAAAGGACAUUUCCCAGGGAGGACGGGCAGAGACUGCUUUGCUGGGGGGCCCGGGGCUGACGCCAGACUCUGAUUGUCGCUGGAUGUUUCCGAGUGGGGGCGGCUCCGGACAGCCACGCGGGCCGUGUCGGCACAGGGGCCGGGCGUCACCUUCCUCGCACUUGGCAACCCCCACUCCCCCCUGUUCCCCGAACUCGUUCUGGUGGCAAGAGAGGCUCCCCUCGAAGGUCUUCACGCUCGGGCAGGCGUUUCCGAGUCCAGCAGACAGACGUCUUCUCCCCAAAACGAUGUUCCCGCGAGGACCCAUCUCGGUGGUUAAAAUGAUGGCCCCAGGGCAGGUCUGACCCCUUCUAUGUGCCUUUGUAUUCGGGGAGAAAUGCAUGCCCUGGCCAACAUGAGGCCAGCACCCCGACUCGGGAAAGGAGACCUCCGCCGCCCCCUCGCUCUCAGCUGGGGACUCUUCCAGGUUCCUGAGCCGGCCCCGAGGUGGCACAGAGCUCAGGUGGCACCCGGGCCUCCCAGAGGCGCACCAGCCCUGGCACGUCUCUCACGUUCACAGACUGUCAGACUCCGUGCCCGUAACCGUCCAAGCCCCCGGGAGGGUCUCCACCAGCCAGCGUCUUCCCCAAGGGCCACGCUCGGGCCCGGUCCUGCUGGCCACCUGCAUGGGGUCCCGGGGUGGGGUGGGGGCAUCCUGGGAGCGUGGCCAUCGGAGCGGGGCAGUCAUACCUCAUUCGCACACUCUUUCUUCCUCGUCACCCUCCUGAUUAUUUAUUGAUUGGUUGUUGUUGCAUUCAGCUGACCUCGUGUGCAUUUUCUGGCUCUUGCUGGUCCAGGUUCUAACUCACUUUCUCCUGCUCCACCCGGCCGCUGUGGGGUGGGUGGCUUCGGCAAGCUCUGUGGGUGUUCGGGUGCCUAGGGUUUGGGGCUCGCUGGUGGGCAAGUCCUGGGGUGUCAGGUCGGUGGGUGCGCAGAAUGUCCUGUACCUCCUUCUCUCCCAGCCCAACUUCCUUGCGAAUUUGGGUUCAGCCUCUGGCUGGGCGUCUCCCAAACCCAGGGGCACCUCCUCGGGGCGGGCGAGACGUGGGGUCCAGGCCUAGGAGGACCGCGACCGUUGGCUCCAUUACUGACAUGUCAUCAGGAAAACCGUUUUUCCCGGAGAGAGCAUUUCCCCGAAGGCCCCGCUGCUCCCGAUGGCGUGUGAGGGACGUCGAGCUCGCAAGCCAGGGGACCUGCUCUCCUGGCCUCAGUUUCUCCCUCUGUACAUGGGGAGGGAGGAACUGUGGGAGCUCAGGGGCCACAGAUGGUGUCAGGCACCUCCUAAGAAAGAGUCCCGGGAAUCUCACGCCAUGGCUUCUCCUGAGUCUGUACAUGUGAGCAUUUUCCUGGGGAGGUUCCAUCGCGUUCAUCACAGCCUCAAAGAUGCAGGAUCCAGAAAGCCUUUAAACACCCCGCACGCCUGUUCCAGCUCGAACAUCCUCCCAAACGCAAGUGGUAAAGGCUCGGAAAUCGCUGUGAGGCCGCAUCAUCACGGGCUGGAGGUCACGGCCACACUCGAUGGGAGACGGGGGGACCUCAGCCAGCGUCUGGCGGCCAGCCGAUCCGUCCCAGGGACAGGCCUGAAGGAAGGUGGUCACUGGGUGGAGUAGUGGACAGCUCCUGCGCGCUCUCCUCCUGCGAGCUGAGGGUGUCCAGGCGUGUCAGUCAGAACAGCAGCUGCUGCGCUGGGCUUGGCUAAGUCAGAGCAGGUCCUGACAAGGAGGCCCUGUCCCCCAGCAAACUGCUGAGCCUGAAGCCGGAGAGGCCGCGGCAGGGGAGGGGCAGAGAGCUCAGAACACCCCAGCCUUCAGGUCCCCCAGGGGGCCCUGCUCAGGAGCCGCCUGCAGCCAAACCGAUACCCCCGGAUACACCUCCCUGCUGGGGAGAAGGCGGGCGCCAGCUUUAGCCCGGGGCUGGUCAGGCACCCGCCCACGGCAUAGACCUCAUGUCCCGUCACGCCGCUAAGUCACGUCAAGGCCAAAGUUUCCCGAGCACUUUUUUCCUCUUUUUUUGGCAAUCUCGUUUGGUUGGUUGGUGGUGUUUUAAAAGUUGCUUUUUCUCUCCCACACCCCCCUCCCCCAUCACCCAGCCUUGCUCUCGCGUUUCACAGCUGAGCGUUGACCUGGAUGCGUUUUGAGUGAAGUGAGCGAGUCGCCGUCCUCAGCCUCGGCUGCGUCUUAUUUAUUGUUGGACGUUUGCAAUGAUCUGAAUCACAGUGAAUUAAAAAAGAGCUAUUUUAUCGUU